CCUUCCUUCCCUCCCCUCUCUCGUCGCGUGAAGUGUACUUAAAGUGAUGGCGCAUAUAUCGGUGGAGGCUCUCAUCAGCGGUGAUGUCGAGGCCAUCUUCGCUGCGCGUUCGGCCUUCCUCACCCACUGCCAGCGCCACGGGCUCCAAAUCAUUUCAAAGUGGCGCUCGCUGGACCGCCCCUUUCUCCCCACCCGACGCCAGUUCGCAGAACUCAUCGGCGUGCCCCCAGAAGUAGCCCUGCCUGACUUCAUCCCCGACGAUCCUGACAUGCCCUCCCUCUCCCCCUUCUGGUGGUUCCCACAGGCAUGGCAAUGGCUCAGCGGCCAUGACGGAGAUGAAGACGCUGCCGGCAGCCACAACCAGCAGCAGCAGGACAGAGUGGAGAUGCUGCAUGUGCUGGGUGGGCUGGCCAUCACACUCCCCUAUGACCUGCCCACACGCAUGCGGGCCCUCUUUGAGAUAUUCGACUUCUCCGAUCUCGACGGCACAUCGCACGAGGCGGGCAUUGACGAGGGGGAGACGGGAGACGAGGUGUUCGGUCCGCGGCUGCUGAUUGGAGGGGCUGGGCUGUUCAUAUUGUUGGAGAGGAGCCUGACGGGAUUGAGCAAGCUGUGUGAGCUGCCUGCAGGGAUGCUGCCGCUGAAAAGGGAGGAGAUUGAGGCCAUUCGGGACUAUCUAUGGCCUGCCGGUGAGUGGGGAAGACGGAGACAGGAGACACUCAUUCUGGCGUGUCUGUCGUGUUAUGGAUCCAGGUGCGAGUGACCCCACGGCCCGCACAUCACUCCUUCGAUUAGCGCCGCGAUUCAUCCCCCUGCUGAGGUCACUCAGCAGCAUCCUCUACCAAAAGAGCAAGGUGGGCCCAUGUGCCAACAAGGCUUGUCUCUAUUGUACCUUCAAAUGUUGCUCGCGUGUGUCUAAUAUCAGAUUCUCGAGAGCUGUGGCGGCAUCUGUGGUAGCCGGGAUGAGGUGCUGCCCACCCUGCAGACCGACGCGCACUUCCUGGGAAGAUAUCGAGUCAUCGCAAGGUAGGUAGGUAGACAUCCAUGCCUCCCUCCCUCUCAUGCCCGCUGUAUAGUCCUCUUUUCCCUCCCUGCAUUCACGCAGGGAGCGGCUCCCCUCCGGUCUCGCCGAUGUGUUCCUCACUCCCUGCCCCGUCGCCUCGUCGGCAUCCCCCGCCGCGCCCCCCUCCUCCCCUCCACCGCCCAUCCUCUUGUCGGACCCAGCCACAUAUGCAUCAUCGACGGCCCCGCCCCCCAGCCACAAGGAGCUGAUGCUCGAUGUAUACGACGAGAUGGAUCUGCGGGGGCUGGCCAUCAAGGUGCUGCUGCCACUCGACAGCGACCCCGCACAAGACGCCAGGAACUUCGUGAGGGAGGCGGCGCUGCUCUCCAAAGUCAGACACAGGUAGGUACGGAGAGAGAUGUUUAGGUGUCGGUUGCUUAUCCGUCGGUGUGGUGUGUGGCGGGUGUGGUGUAUGUCAGGCGGUGGGCGCCGGUGCAUGUGUAUGGCGUGACUGCUCGGCUGGUGUACCAAGUGCGGGAGAAGGAGGAGGGGUGCACACUGGCCCAGCUCUUGCAACAGCGGAGGCAGAGCUCAAAUCAGGGAGUAAGGGCGAAAAAUGGACGACAUGCGGGACACGAGGCUCUCGCUUUCAUGGCUACAUCCAUUCAGCUGCCGGAGAUGGAUGUGGUUGAGUUCUUGCUGUGCUUGCUGGAUGUUUUGGAGGUGGCCCACACAACCGGGGUGGUGCACACUGCCCUCACGCCACACAAAGUCUUCCUCAAACACGGGUAGGACUGGACACCUACGGCUGGAGAGGAACGAUGGACAUUUGUGUCUCUCUUCUUUUGCCAGCUCCUUGACGGAGCCGAUGAUUCUCGACUGGAGCUCCGCCAAAUGGGACCCCCAGGAGGUGCUUGCCAACACUUCGUCACUCCUCACGUACACACAAGAGAUAGCAUGGGUAUGCACACCCCCUGCAAUGCGCCUGGUCUCGGUGUGUGCAGUGGCAUGCCUGAGGCGACUGACCACCGCGAUCCGCGCUACAUCAGCCCGCAGCAGUGCCAGGGAGCAGGUGAUACAUACCCGCCAAAACAGUCACUUCACCAUGACGGAUGUGUCUCUGUGUCCACGGCACUCCUUAGGUGGUGAGUCCGAUCCCUCCUGGGACAUCUAUAGCAUCGGUUGCAUCGGUCGGUGGAUCAGUGAGUUGACAUGGCAGACCGGGAGCGUGCUGCAAUCCUUUAUUGCUCUAUGUGUGUGUGCAGCCUUUGAAUGUGUGACGCUCACGCCACCAUUCACCGGCACACGGCUCACUGAUGCAUACAGAGUGAGCACAGGACGGCUUGGACUCUUGUUGGCCUUGGACUCUUCUUGCUGGCUGCCUGUCUGCCAGCUGUCCCUAGGUGACCGUCAGAAGCACAGUGCCAUCCUUGCGGGCGAUGCUGCCUCGGCCGAGAGGCCCAGCAGCCGCAGACGGACGUCGGGCGCACAACAGUGAGAGACGAUGAGACACCAGAUCACAAAACCACAGACACUGGAGUCUUCGGUAUGGUAUGGUAUGGUUUGGUGUGUGCAGGUCGCCAGGCCAGCCGGAUGGGGGCACACGAAAGAAGACCGUCACUCUGCAAGAGGGCAUCAAGCUGGUCGGCAUCUGUGUCCGGCCACAUGAGCAUCUGUGUCAAUUCUUCCCUCUCCGGCCUGUCUCAGGAGCAUGUGUACCUGCCGCCUCCCAGCCUGGAGCAGUGCCUGACGUCAUCGGACUUCGUGGGCAUCGUCAACAAGGCCCUGCAGAAGGAGCCCAGGGGCAGGUACCUCACCGCCACCGACAUGAUCAGGGACCUGCGCAUGCUGCUGGAGGAGCUGCAGAACCUCCCACCACUCAUGCAGGAGACACUGCCGCACCUCAAGCUCGCCAACCAGCAGCAAGAAGCAACCGUGGAGACCCUUCCCCUCUCCCUGCCGCCAGCACCGGGUGGUCAGCCUGCGUUGACCGACCUGAGUGUCCCUGGCCCGCCAUCGCGUCAGUCGAGCGAUGACGAGGCAAGAACGGGCUUCGCCAGAGUGCUGGACCUGAGGUGAGACAUGCCAUCAGAAACAAUGAGACAACAGUGCGUACUUAUUAUGAGUGUUGUCGUUCAGGAACGAGGGUCUGACGGCGUUCACGUCCCGCUAUCUCGCCAAGUUCGCCAACGCCCUCCUCGCCGACGAGCUGCACAUCACCGGCGGGCCCAUCCCACUCCGGGUCAUCAGGCAGGGCGAGUCGACCUCACUCAACCUCAGCGACCGAUCGCUGGCGGCGCACGACACCAUGGUGCUCGCACGCCUGCUCGCACACAACUCCACCAUCGAGCACCUGGACUUGUCCAAGAACUGCGUGGCGCACGAGAACGCGGCCGAGCGUCAGGCGCAUCCUCAUAUGUAUCGUGUGGAGGGGCUGGCGAGGUUGGCCGAGUCGCUGCCGUCGCUGCCGCUGCAGGUGCUGAAUCUGAGCGAGAACCCGCUGGGAGGGCAGGUGGGAGAGGUCAUCUGCAGGGCUCUGGGCAAGUGCCCAAAUCUGAGGGUGGGUGGGUGAUAUCGAGACACUCUGACAGAGUGCAUUAGAGAUGUAAUGUGUGCAUGUGUGCAUGUGUGUGUGUGUGCGUGAUUUAGUCUCUUCAUUUGGGUCACUGUGACAUCAUGUCUCGCGGCGGCGUGGCAUUGGCCGAGUCACUCAAGCACCUCACCAUGCUGGAAGAGCUGGACAUCAAGUCAGCGAGACACAGAAAGACACAAACACAUUGCAGACAAUGCAGCGGCCUUUCUCCUGCCUGCCUGCCUGCCUGCCUGCGUGUCAGCCACUGUCACAUAGGUGAUGACGGGUGCAAGGCUUUGGCGAGCAGCCUGGGUGCGUCACCUCACCUGGCAACCAUCAACCUCUAUGGCAACAGCAUCGAGGACGAGGGCGCUGACGCACUCGUGUAGGCCGGGCGGCUGCACAUGUUCCGACAGAGACAGAGACAGGGAGACCAAUGUGCGUGCGUGUGUGUGGUGCAGGAGUGCGUUGGAGCAUGACUUCACUUUGCUGACCUUGCCGCUUGGCGACAACAGGAUAUCGAGGCCAUACGAGCAGCUCAUACAGAGGGCCAUCACAUUCAACAACCAAUACAAGGUGACUGACUGACACACACAGGAGUGAGUACCUUAUAUAUUCCUUGCUGCGUGGAGUGCAUUCUCCACCUCUCUCUGUGUGUGUCUUUGUUCAGUCUUUGUGUGAGCACAACUCUCGCUUCGAGGGCUUUGGUCACCACCUCAUGGCCGAGUCACUCAAGGCAUGGGCCAGAGGGUACACUCACACACACGGCGCACGACAGACGCCUCAUUUGUCCGUCUCCGUUGCUGCAGUGACACCUUCAUUGCCAAGCGGCUGCACACACGCCUAUUGCAGCCCAAGGACCCACUCGAGGAAGAGGCAAACACCACAGACACACACACACAUGCGAAGAGACAGAGAGACCCGUUAAUGGUAUCUGCUGCCGUGUCGCUUGUCAUUGGUUUGACCAGGUUGGUCGUCUGCUGCUGACGUCCGAUAAUGCUUUGGUGUUGGAUUCUGCCUUUGAGAUGUACGCGAGUGCCAGGGUCAACGGGGGGGACCCUGCCAGCCCCUUGCCCCCCGCAGCACUCGUGCAGAAAGUAUAGCUCACCAUCCGGAUGGGGGUAGCUGGGCUGGUGUGUGUGACGCGUGAGAGCAGUAGACGUGGAACAGAAUGUGUGUAUGGUGCACAGCCGUGUCAUUGGCUGGAUGAAUUCCAUGUGCAUACUAGUCCAUCCGUGCGAGCGUGUAGUGAACCCUUGCACGAAAAAAAG